CAAUCACUUGUGCUCACGACUAUUUAGCAUAAUACACGUAGCAUAACAGAAAACGUAAAUAGAGCGAGUCUCCUCGUGUCUACGCGAGGUCAAAACCCGUACAGUCGAAGCCGAGAGCCGAUCGCCGUACUGCCAAUCGAACCCGACAAAAUUCAGCAAAGAUCGCGGAAAAAUCGCUAAAUUAUUGAAUGCCGCCGCUCGUGUAGGAUAUUUUUCCUGGCCGCACCGCUGCGUACCUCGAGAGGCGAGCGUUUUAGGUGAAAUAAGUACUUUCGUUCAACGGCAGACAAUAUGACGAUGCAACGUGCAGCGACGCGAUCGGCUGCACUGUUGAUGUUGUGGCUGAUUCUCAUUUCCGAUCGUUCAAUCGUUCAGCCAGUUGUUGCGCAAAAUGAUUUGACCACUAACUUUUUAUCAGGACUUUUGAGUCUCAUCAACGAAAUUCCUGACAUGACUCCUCCAAAAAGUACCAGCACAGUCGAGGAAAAACCAAGCGAUAGUAAAAAUGCAGAAUCAACGAUCAUGUCGGAAACAUUGACUUCAUUGGCGGUCCCAACUACGACGACGACGCAAAGGACUACUACAACUACAACUACAACUACGUCUACAACGACAGCCAAGCCAAAGGUAGAUAAGGAGGAAAUAUCGCAGCAAGAGGCACCAUUGCCGCUGAGGGUCUGCCCCGGCUCGUGCAUGCUCACCUCCUUUGUCAGGUACUGCGAGGCCGUUCUGGAGGUAGACUCGCUGUGCGAUAGCAAGACUCGCUGCUGCGUGACGAGGGAACUUUUCGGGGACUCGCCGCCGGCCCAGCUGCGAAUCUACGACCACAAGAAAUUCGGCGAACCCGUCGUUCCCAACGAGGUCGUUGUCGGUGGCCCCUCGACACCCCUCGCGACAACGUCUACGACCACGACGUCCACUACCGAGCCGCAGACGCUUUCCACGAAUACCAAUACGAAUGCCAAUACGAACACGACCAGGAAAAGAUGCAGGGGCGGUUGCGUCAACAUCUAUAUAGCUAAUUUUCUGUGCGAAAAGGUCGAUUCCGAUGCCGAUUGCGGGGACAUGAGCUUGUGCUGCGUCGAAGAUGAGGAGGAGCAGGAGGAGUCGCAAAAACAGGAGGUGAUCACUACAACGACUACGCAGAGGCCAGCGAAAACAUCCACAACGAGCCAAGCUCCCCAGAAUAAACGGCCUUCUUGCCGUGGUUUCUGUCUGCCAAACAUCGUGUCGAUAUUAUGCGAAAAGAAGAGCGGUAUUGGCUGUCCCAAGGAUCAAUUAUGUUGCGAGACGUUUCGUAACUUAACUUUGCCGAAAAUUGCUCCAGCAAAACCAAAACCCGCGACGAAACCUCCGGUGAGACGCGAGGACCGCGUCGAUCCAACGCCAGAUCCGACGCCAGAUCCAAGACCAAAUUGUCCCGGGAGCUGCAUCAAGGCGUAUUUAUCGUUGGCCUGCUUCAAAAACGCCGAGAUAACUGACCUGUUCAAGUGCCCGAGGGCGGAGCAGCGCUGCUGCGCCUACAAGUCGGUCAUACGCGAGAUACAGGGCAUCAAGGAGACGCCGACGAACGAAAUCAAGGACAAAAUCGACUACGAAUUGGCGCCACUGCUCCCGGGACACUAUCCCCGCGUCCCAGUGACGCCCCAGGCGAUCCCCCACGACCACGGGCCGAUUUACGUGGACGCGCCGAUCACGAGCACGACGAAGAAGGCCCCCUACGACUGGCUCGUGUGCGGGGCCAAAGGCACCCAGCGCAGUCAGUACUCGCUGAGCGAAGGUGGCGGCGGUGGCGGCGAGCUGCGUCGUCGCGAGGCUCGUAUCAUCGGCGGCCAGGAUGCCGAUUACAACGAGUGGUGCUGGCAGGUGGCCAUUCUCAACUCGCGAAAUCAGUACCUGUGCGGCGGGGCCCUCAUCGGCAAACGAUGGGUAAUCACCUCGGCGCAUUGCGUCACCGAAACCGUCAAGAGCGGCGAAGCCGUUUACGCCACGCUCGGGGACAGCGACCUGAGCCGCAGGUAUGGCAACCCGGGGGCGCGCACGAUCCAAGUCGACACGACCUACAUCCACCACAACCACAACAGCCAGACUCUCGACAACGACAUAGCCCUGCUGAGGCUCGAGCGCGACGUCGAGCUCGGUCAGGGUGUCUGCCUGGUCUGCCUGCCGGGCCGAGAGUCCGAUCACAGGCCCGGCACGAGGUGCACCGUCACCGGCUACGGCUAUCCCAGCCAAGAAGGACCGAUAGCCCUGCGAAUACGCUCGGCCGACGUACCGAUCGUCUCCGACAGCGAGUGCAUCCGCAAGAUCAACGCCAUAACCCAGAAGGUCUUCAUCAUGCCGACCAAUAGCUUUUGCGCCGGCGGUGAGUCUUACAACGACGCGUGCCGGGGCGACGGCGGCAGUCCUCUGGUGUGCAAACAAGGAGACUUCUACGAGCUAGCGGGUCUCGUUUCCUGGGCCUACGGCUGCGGACAAGGACCCGGUGUCUACGUCAAAAUAUUGCCCUUCAUCGACUGGAUCAAACAGAUAACCGUCCUUAAUUCGUAAAAGCCCUUCAAUUUCCAUUUAGCCAUAUUAGUUCUUACUUUUUUUUACUAAAAAAGACACCAAAGUUUAGUCUGUGAUACAUUUCGAUGACUAAGAUGCUUUGAAUCGGUGACUUCUGCUUACUUUUGCGUAGCUUCCCCCAAGUCUUAUUGCAUCGGAACGUUAAUAACAAUAAUUUAUUUAAUGUUUUCUCUCUUUUUAUCUUUUAUCUAGCAACUAUUUUUAUAAUCGCGUAUGAUUUUGAUUUAAGCUGUAAAUACAACUUGAUCCAAUCAGAGGGUCGAUAAACAAUAACACAGUGGAUUGUGUUAAUCCUCAAA